CCAUAGACCUGUCCUGCCACCCGGAAGUCGGUCAAAGAGCAUACCACACUUCCCGUCAUGGCGGCCCGCAGUGUGUUUAUACCGGGACUGUUCAAGAACAAAGUCGCAAUUGUCACUGGAGGAGGAACUGGCAUUGGGAAAGCCAUAGCAGCCGAGCUGAUGGGACUAGGUUGCAGUGUAGUUAUUGCGUCUCGGAAACUUGACCGGUUAAAGGAAGCUGCCAAAGACCUGAUCGCUAACAUCUCUCCUGCAAACCCCUCUCUGCUGACUGCCCUUCAGUGUAACAUCCGCAAAGAGGAUGAGGUGGAGUCGUUAGUUAAGUCUACCUUGGACCUGUACGGACGGAUUGAUUUCCUAGUGAACAAUGGAGGCGGCCAGUUCCCAAGUCCAAGUGAAGCCAUAAGUGCCAAGGGAUGGAAUGCAGUAAUAGACACCAACCUCACCGGAACCUUCUACUGUUGUAAAGCAGUGUAUAACAUGUGGAUGAAAGAUCACGGAGGAGCCAUAGUAAAUAUUGUGGCAGACAUGUGGAAAGGAUUUCCUGGCAUGGCGCAUACAGGUGCUGCGAGAGCUGCUGUGGACAAUCUGACCAAAAGUCUCUCUAUUGAAUGGGCACACAGAGGUGUCAGGAUAAACUCUGUCGCUCCUGGUACAAUCUUUUCACAGACUGCUGUAGAGAAUUACAAAGAUAUUGGGCCCGCAAUGUUUCAAAACUUCAUCCCCAAGAUACCAGCAAAGAGACUAGGAGUUCCUGAGGAGAUAUCACCCAUGGUUUGCUUCCUGCUGUCACCUGCUGCGUCUUUCAUCACUGGAGAAACGGUGAAGGUCGAUGCUGGACAAAGCUUAUACAUAUCUCAUUGGGAAGUACCAGAUCACAACAGGUGGCCGGAAGCUCCCGAUGGUGAAAACACCAAAGCUUUGAAGAAAAUGUUUUCAGCUAUCCCACCUCCAAAGCUCUGACCAUUGGGGCCAAGACCUGGAACGCUAUAACGCACAUCGCUGACUGGCUUAAUUACCAAGCAGCAAUUAUACACUAAUGAAGACUAAAUAACAGAUGCAGGUUUUACAUUCUUUUUUUUACAUGAUGGCUUCAAAGGCUUAGUCAAUAAGUAAUUUUAAAAGAACACAUCAUUAAAAAAAAAAAAUUAUGUUUGAAGAGUAGUAAAUCUAUCUUUGAACAGAUGCAUAAUCUAUGGAUAAAGACAGAUUUGCACAAACGUGCUAACUGUGCUUGCUAUGGGUUCUAGUUAAAUAAGUUUUUUUGUGUUUCUAUCAGUGAUCAUUGAUUGUCAAUUCUAACCAUAGCUGUCACACACAUUAGGCAGUGUACGCACCUAGAGCAUUGUGAACUCAGGUAUCUGGAUUACCCUUACAUGGGUUUUUUAGUCUACAAAAAGGGAAUAUAGAGGGAGCCCAAACUAGUAUGUUGCCUACUGGCCCAAUGAUAUUGGAGACCUUCCCUGCUGAAGCCAGUGUUACUAAGCUACAUAAGUAUUCUAGAAUGUCCUUUAAGAUUCUUCAAGAACAAACAUAGUUAUUGGAAUUAUCUAAGGAUGACUGAUGAGAUAGAUAAAUGAAUCUCAGCUUUUUUAUUGCACUAUAUCUACAGAGCAUAGGCAGAUUCUGCCUAUAGAUAAGCGACCUCUAACGGAAUUAGCAUUCUGGAAAAAGGAAGCCUCUAUAAAAAUACUAAGUGUGCUAAAUUGAUUUUAAUGCUUUAGGCAGAAGGAUAAAAUGUUCUUGUGCAAGGAUACAGCCCUGCACUUCCAGAAUUAUUGUAUUACCCUCUGAAUGGUUUAGAUUGAAUACAUAUUUACCUAUACAUAACUCAUUUCUGGGAAAAAUGUGAUUCCCAUAUAUUACACAGUUGUCUUAGUACUUUUGUUACAUCAGCUGGUACAUGACAGAUACAGUAAAUAUCCCUCAAACAUGCAUCUUUAACAGUACAUGAAAAUCACCACUAAGCCCACACUAAUGUAAUACAGGUUGAAUAUCCCCUAUCUAAAUAUUCCGAAAUACGGAAUUUUUUGAUUUAGACUGAGAUAGUGAAACCUUUGUUUUCUGAUGGCUCAAUAUACACAAAGUUUGUUUAAUGCACAAAUUUAUAAAAAAUAUUGUAUUAAAUGAUCUUCAGGCUUGUGUAUAUGAGCUGCAUAUGAAACAUAAAUGAAUUGUGUGUAUGUACAUAAACUUUGGGCCUAAUUCAGACUUGAUCGCAGCAGCAAAUUUGUUAGCAAAUGGGCACAACCAUGUGCAUUGUAGGGGUGGCAGAUAUAACGUGCAGAGAGAGUUAUAUAUGGGUGGGUUAUAUUGUUUCUGUGCAGGGUAAAUACUGGCUGCUUUAUUUUUACACUGCAAUUUAGAUUUCAGUUUAAACACACCCCACCCAAAUCUAACUCUCUCUGCACAUGUUAUAUCUGCCCCACCUGCAGUGCACAUGGAUUUGCCCAUUUGCUAACAAAUUUGUUGCUGCGAUUAGGUCUGAAUAAGGCCCUUUGUUUAAUGCACAAAGUUAUAAAAAAAAUUGGCUAAAAUGACCUUCAGGCUGUGUGUAUAAGGUGUAUAUGAAACAUAAAUGUAUUCUGUGCAUAGACUUGGGUCCCAUCACCAUGAUAUCAAUUAUUCCAAAAUACGGCAAAAUAUGAUAUCCAAAAUACUUCUGGUCCCAAGCAUUUUGGAUAUGGGAGACUCAACCCUUAAUAACCAUGUCCUGUAAUUUAAUUUAAUUAAUUUGCCAUGUGGACUCCUAAAUAUUCCCCAGUGUGUUUUUGUGAAUUCUGUUGUCAGAAAUCUAGAAGUCCAUAGCAAGUCAAGAGGUUGGAAGGACAGCAGGCUGCAGUUGAGAAUGAUCUGGUAUUGAGAUUAGUAGAAGAUAAGCAGCUGAAAUACCCGGGAGGGACAUACAGUACAUAUAUAGCUAUCAAUAACUAAUGUUCCUUUCCUUAUGUUCUACUCCAUACUGUACAUGUUGCAUGAUCUUAAGUUUAGCUCUAAAAGAAAGCACUGAAUUAUGAAACUGAUUUUUCAUUUCUAAAUCCACAAUUAAUGUUCAUUUGAAAAAUGUGCCAUAAAUGUCAUAAUAAACUUUAUUUUAAAUGCA